UGCACGUGAUUUGUUCAGCAUAGUGUCAACCAUGAGUUAAACGAGGCGGGUUUUUCCUAUCUACGUCAAUGGGCGGUUUUUGAGUGUUAGGAACCGAACUGGGAGGGGACGUUUGACUGACCAGUAACGAAGUGCGUGGUGUUGUGUACAUUUUUAUCGUUUCUAAGCUAGUUAACACAUGAACGGCAAUUUACACCGUGAACUGGUAGUAGUGGCGGGAACAAAAUAGGACAGUUUGCAUCUGAAUGCAAGCGGGGGCUGCGAGUGACUGAAUAGCGGCAGGUAGGGAGAGCUGUAUCGGUCAGCCAUGGGUUUCCGAAAGAAGAACAAGAGCCCGCCGGUGCUGAGCCACGAGUUCGUGAUCCAGAAUCACGCGGAUAUGGUUUCAUGUGUGGCUAUGAUAAUUCUCCUCGGCCUGAUGUUCGAGGUCACAGCAAAGUUUGCUAUCAUGUUCAUCACCAUUCAAUACAAUGUGACUCAAAGUCUUGAUGAGAGGGCUGAGCAAGUGAACCUGUACCAGUACGGUCCUAAAGACAUAGCCACUGUGUUCUUCUACCUGCUCAUUGCUGUCAUACUCCACGCCUUAAUACAGGAAUACAUUCUCGAUAAAAUGAAUAGGCGGUUGCACCUGUCGAAAACCAAACAUAGCAAGUUCAAUGAAUCGGGACAGCUUGCUGCCUUCUACUUAUUGUCCUUCAUCUGGGGCUGCAGCAUCUUAACGGCGGAGGAAUUUGCGACAAAUCCUACUUUCUUAUGGGAGGGCUACCCACACACCCACAUGGUCUUUCAGGUGAAGUUCUUCUACAUUUGCCAAAUCGCAUACUGGCUCCAUGCCCUUCCUGAGCUGUACUUCCAGAAAGUGCGAAAGGAGGAUAUUCCCCGCCAGCUCUAUUACAUUUGUCUUUACGUCUUCCACAUCACCGGUGCCUACAUCUUAAACCUCCACCGGCUGGGCCUGGUGCUGCUGGUACCUCACUACCUGGUGGAGCUCCUGUUCCACGCCUCACGCCUCUUCUACUUCAGUGACGAGAACAAGCAGAAGGGUUUCACUCUGUGGGCGCUACUUUUCGUCAUCGCUCGCCUCCUUACCCUCACCCUUUCCGUACUGACUUUUGGCUUCGGACUGCCCCGCGCAGAGAACCAGGGUUUCUCACUGGCAAAAGGCAACUUCAAUGUGCUUACCAUUAGGAUGACGUGCCUGGCUGCCAUUUGCCUGACCCAGGCCUGGAUGAUGUGGAAGUUCAUCAACUUCCAGUUGAAGAAGUGGAGGGAGCACAGCCAGAGCCAGGCCUCCAAGAAGAAGGCUUUCAGCCCAAAGAGCAAGCCCCACAAGAAGGACCUGGCCCGGGUAGGUUCUGCCAAUGGUGUGGUGAAGUCCGAUGACAAGACGUCACCCCGUGCGAGAAAAGCCAAAGCCUCAUAGAGUUGGAGGGAGAGAAUGGAGGGAUGGAGUUAAGGAGAAGUGAGGGGGCUAUUCUCAAUGUGACAUUUUGUCUUUUCAUCACUUACAUUUUUUUUAUCUAUUCCCCAAAAGAACCUUAACUGUCUCUUUUGUGUUAGAACCUAUGUUUUAAUAGUUAUGUUUUUGUUUGUUUUGAUGACCUCAUAUGUUUGUGUUCAGUUGUUAUUUCUGUGGAUGGGAUGUAAGCAGGGCAGGGUCAACUGGUUAAAUGUUUUAAAGUAUGAAUCUGCUACCUGUGUGUGCCCCACCAGCUGCCCCACUGCUUGUACUGUGUGUUCCUUUGAACGAAAACAUGGGGUUUGGCCCUAAGCCACUCUUUGCUGGCCUUUUGGGCAAGGUGUGUCUGUGCUAAAUCUCUCCCACUCAAAUGAUGUUGCUUGAGAGAGAGGAAGUGGGAAGUAACUGGAUAGAUAAUUGGUCAAAAAGUCAUUUUUGGAGAGGAAUUAUCUGUAGCGAUUGCAUCCAGCUUCAGGGCCCUAGUCAAUCAAACUUUCCAACUGGAUUUCUGAGGAAGUCAAACAUGCACUGUUCAAUUUUUACAGCAAGAGUGCAUGUCACGAUUCAUGUUCUCAACAUAACAUGUAAAACAAGAAGUGUGUGAAACGUUGGACUAAAACUUUAUUUUACCUUAAUAUUGGUUUUGUAUAGGGACCUCACCAUUAACUCCUAACGGUGUCCGUUUGAUGCCUGUAUUGUUACUUGCUUUUGCCAUAUGAAAUCUGUGCUAUUAUGGAAUUGAGGCACUGUUAGUAGUUAGUCAUUGAGUAGCCCCAUCUCACAGAUGGACCAACUCCCUAUCAGCCAUAUUCUGACUCAACUGGCCUUUAUCCAAAACUCCAUUACUGGAGAUACUUUCUUUAUCCAUGCAGACAGAACUAGAUCUCUUGAGAAAAUGAUGCGUUGAUGUACAGUCCCAGUCAAAAGUUUGGACACACCUACUCAUUUCAUGGUUUUCUUUAUUUUACUAUUUUCUGCAUUGUAGAAUAAUAGUGAAGACAUCAAAACCAUGAAAUA